AGAGGGGCUGGCGGGGGAGCGCGGUGCCUCCCUGUUUGGUCAGCGGUUACACGUGCCCCUGAGACACGUAUUUCCAGCACGUAUCGUAUAUAGCGCUGUGCUUUGUUAAGACUUCGGUGCUUUUACUUCGUUGUUGUAAAAACAAGUCGAAGCAGGAACCGAGUCCCGGCCCCACCGUCACAGCCCGAGCCGGACCCGCAGCCCUCAGCGCGGCGGGGCGGUGCCGGAUGCUGCGGCAGCUUCCGCGGGCGGGGAAGAUGGGCGAGCGGCGCGGCCUGAGAGUGGCUGUGCUGGGGCUCGUGCUCGGCGCCGCCGCCUGCUACUGCCUCUGGCGGCGGGCGGCGGGCCGAGGGCGGCGGCGGGGAGCGCCCCGCGUUCCGCCCUCAGUGACAGAAGAAAGUCCUCCAUCACCUCACAGCGUGGAUGCAGAUGCUCUACAGAAGCUUAUUCAUUUGCUCAAGGCCACAGAUGAUCCAUUAAUUCAAGAGCAAGCUUUAAUCACUCUCAGCAACAGUGCUGCCUUCUCUGUAAAUCAAGAUAUCAUUCGAAAUUUGGAUGGCCUUUCUGUAAUUGGAGGGAUGCUCUUGGAUUGUGUUCCCACAGUUAAAGAAAAAGCACUAAAUGCACUUAAUAAUUUGAGUAUGAAUAUUAAAAAUCAAGAAGAGAUACAGGUAUAUAUUACACAAGUUUGUAAGAACAUUGAAUCAGCUCCUCUGAACUCUGAUCUGCAGCUAGCCGGACUCAGAUUAUUGACAAAUAUGUCUGUUACCAAUGACUAUCACUAUAAGAUGACAGACAAGAUUCCAUGCUUUCUUCGUUUGCUUUCAGAAGGAUCUGAAAGGACACAGGUACAAGUCUUGAAAGUUCUUGUGAACUUAUCUGCAAACCCAGCCACAACGAGACACUUUCUUAAAGCUCAAGUGCCAUCGCUGCUGUUACUCUUUGACAACUGUAUAAACAGAGAUAUUCUGCUUAGAGCCCUGGUAUUUGCAGCAAACUUGAAAAAGAACGUGAACAAUGAAGGUGGCAUCACGAUAGAGGAUGAAUACAGUGAAGACUCGCUUUUCUCUAUACUCUGCAGGGAUUCUACUGCAUUUGCUCAGAAGCUGGCAUCUUUACUGCAUCACCCUGACACAGACGUGAAAGAGCAAGUUGUGAGAAUAUUAACACAAUAGUAAUUUACUAGUGACUGAAAAAUAUCUUUAGAUAUAAAAAAUGCUGAAUACUGGUAUAGUACUUGGCACAAAUCAAGUACAAGAGACUGCAAUGUAUUUAAUAUAGAGACUAUAACAGAUUUCCUGUAAAAAGCAAGAUAAAGAAACAGGUUACUUAGCACUGAGAAACCACUAUACAACUGGUACAUGUAAACAGAAGGAGGCACAGGUUAAAGCGUGAAAGCUUUUACGUGUACAGCGAACAUUUAAAACUGAUGAAUCAAGUCCAUCUAAAUAUUCUUAAGGUCAGAAUUUUUGUGCCUUAUAUUUACAGUUGUUGAAUAAGCAUUUGUAUAAUGAUGCAUUAAAGAUUCAGUAAUUAGAGCUUAGUCAUUUACAUUUUAUUACUCUGAUACCUGUUAAACAGCUGCAGGCAAAUAUUAGAAAAUCUGAAAAACAGUGCCAAACUAUUACUGACUCCCUGCAGAAAUAGUAUUUUCAAUGAAAAGUGCAUAUUAAAAUUAUGUAGUCGUAUCUUUUUUCACCCUACCUGCUUGGAAUAUUUUCCUAUGUUUAGUGCAUCUAUUCCAUUUAGUUAAACUGCAGUGCAGUUAGAUACAACAUGGAACGUUUCCGUACUUUAACAAAAUCAAUGGGAUUUUUAUCUCCCUUAGAUGACUGAUAACUUUACAUGAAAGCACGCAUACUUCCUAAAUUAUAUUAUCAAAGAAUCUGCAAAUGCAACUCCGUAUUAUCUUUGUUAAAAGAAGCCAGGAAGAGCAGUAUCAUGCACAUUUUUACAAAAGCCUCCUGUUCCGUAGCAGCCUUCAAGCCUGCUCGGAGAGGCUCCAUGAGAGCUCAUGGAGAGUUCUAUUCCUGGAAUGUGAAUAAGUGCUUCUGUUGAGUUAGCCCCCAUACACUUUCAAUCUGCAGCAUUAAUUCAAAGUUAAACUGAGUCUAUCAAAACACUGCAAAGGAAACUGAAGGAAGUUUCAUCAGUGAACGAAGAACAUGCAGUAGAAAACACUGUACACUAAAAGAGGACUACUAAAACUUCCAGAAUGCCGCAAUAUGGAGACACCUUCUGCUAUUUUUUUUUUAAAGAGAAGUGUGUUACCUGAACUGUUACCAGAUGCUUCAUCUUUAAGUUAAUACAUAUACUUGACUCUUAAUAAAACACCACCCUUUUCUUUCUGUGUA